AUGAAUAGAACAAACAGCUCUAUCACUACACCACUCUCAGAAGCGGAGGACGACUCGAUUCAAAAAACACCCGAAGACUCUCCAGAGAAAGAGAAAGGCCGUUCUUUGUUCCAACAAAGCCCCACAAAGCGAAUUAAAAUCAACAAGUUAGUCACUCCACUUAAAGUCGACUUCAUCGAAACGAAACAACCUGCCACUCCUGACGACAAACAAACCAAACAACUUGACUUUAAAUAUAUUAAUGAAUAUAUCCAGGCAACUCCACGUACUCAAAGAAAGAUGAAGGAAGAUCAACAAGCCCACGAGUUAAUGAUCUGCACGGAAUUUAAAGAGGAAGACAGCGAAGACUUACAGCCAAGGUCAUUUGGCUCUCCAAAUCUUUCUGUUGCGUCUUCCCCACGAAAGAUCGUUACCACCAAUCAGUCCGCCUUUUUCAAGAAGAGACAACAAAGAACACAACAACGACCACGAACAAUUCAAAACACACACGCAGUACAGUCGAUUGAAAAUGUCGUCGACGAAGGAUGUCCCGCGAGGUUCCUCCGCGACAUCAAAAAAGUUGGAGAAGGUGCGAUGGGAGAGGUGUAUCAUGCAGUUGAGAAGGCGACUGAGCGGGAGGUAGCCGUCAAGCGGAUCAUAUUGACACGGAAGAGUAUGAAUAACAUGAUGAAUGAAAUUCUCAUUCACAAAUCGUUAGUCCACAAAAACGUCGUUUCGUAUGUUGGAAGUUACUUAGAUGAUGGAUACUUGUGGGUUGUCAUGGAAUAUAUGAAUGGAGGGUGUUUGACUGAUUUAUUGAAUGAAUACAAAUACGGCUUAUCACUGAAUGAGUGGCAAGUCGCGUUUGUGUUUAAAGAGAUGGUGAUGGGGUUAGCUUACUUACAUGGGAAUGGUGUGAUCCACAGAGACAUUAAAAGUGAUAACGUAUUGAUCUCAAAGAAUGGCGAUGUCAAACUCGCGGACUUUGGAUUUGCUUUAAAGGCUCAGACGUGUCGUGGAAUGGUCGGGUCUCCAUAUUGGAUGGCACCAGAAGUCUUGUUAGACUCAACAUACACUAACAAGGUAGACAUCUACUCGGUCGGUAUAGUAUUGUUUGAACUGAUCGAUGGAGAGCCACCACAUUAUGAAUGCAGAGGAGAAGAACUGACGAACGCAAUAUUGAAUGAAGGGAUACCGGAACCUAAAAGCACAGAAUGUGGCAACGAACUCGUCAAAGUGAUGAAGAAAUGCACGAACAAACGUCCUGAAAAGCGCCCUGAUUGUGUCGACUUACUCAUGGAAAAUGCAGUGCUGAAUUCGUGUCACAAGUCCGACUUCAAGUCUAUUGUUCAAAUGGUGUUCUCGUGA